CAUGGGAUAAUCUUCUUCUUCUUCUUCUGCGACCCAACCUUACGAGGCACGUACUCUCUCUCUCUCUGUUCGUUUGCAAUUGCAACGGCGAUCCUCCAUCGCUCAUGGCUCCUCCAUCUUCUUCUGAUCCUAUUCAUCCUCGAGAUGUGUGUAUAGUGGGAGUCGCCCGCACGCCCAUGGGUGGAUUCCUUGGCUCCCUCUCCUCUUUCUCUGCUACCCACCUCGGUUCUCUUGCUAUUCAAUGUGCUCUUAAGAGAGCAAAUGUGGAUCCUUCCCUUGUGCAAGAGGUCUUCUUUGGGAAUGUUCUAAGCGCCAAUCUUGGCCAAGCUCCUGCCAGACAGGCUGCUCUCGCUGCCGGCAUCCCCAACUCUGUCAUUUGCACCACCAUUAACAAAGUUUGUGCUUCUGGGAUGAAAUCCACAAUGCUUGCAGCACAAACCAUCCAGCUGGGUCUCAACGAUGUCGUUGUCGCUGGUGGCAUGGAAAGCAUGUCCAAUGCCCCUAAAUAUCUACCAGCUGCCAGGCAGGGGUCUCGAUUAGGACAUGAUACCAUUGUCGAUGGCAUGCUUAAAGAUGGUCUUUGGGAUGUCUAUAAUGACUUUGGAAUGGGAGUUUGUGCAGAAAUAUGUGCUGAUCAACUUUCCAUAUCAAGGGAAGAGCAGGACUCUUAUGCUAUUCAAAGUUUUGAGCGUGGACUUUCUGCGCAAGAUGCUGGUCUAUUUAAAUGGGAAAUGGUUCCGGUUGAAGUUUCUGGGGGAAGAGGAAAGCCUUCCUCAACUGUUGACAAGGAUGAUGGUUUACAAAAGUUUGAUGCUGCAAAAUUAAAGAAGCUUCGACCAAGUUUUAAGGAGAAUGGGGGUUCUGUUACUGCUGGCAAUGCUUCUAGCAUAAGCGAUGGUGCAGCUGCACUAGUGCUAGUGAGUGGGGAGAAGGCACUUCAACUUGGGUUACAAGUAAUUGCUAAGAUUAAGGGAUAUGCUGAUGCAGCUCAGGCGCCUGAAUUAUUUACAACUGCUCCAGCCCUUGCACUACCAAAAGCUAUUUCAAAUGCUGGUUUGGAGGCUUCUCAAAUUGAUUACUAUGAAAUCAAUGAAGCAUUUUCAGUAGUUGCUCUUGCCAAUCAAAAGCUGUUGGGCCUUAAUCCCGAUAGAGUUAAUGCCCACGGUGGAGCUGUAUCUUUGGGACACCCGUUAGGAUGCAGUGGAGCUCGUAUCUUGGUCACAUUGUUAGGGGUACUGAGACAUAAGAAUGGGAGGUAUGGGGUUGGUGGCAUAUGCAACGGGGGAGGGGGGGCAUCUGCACUUGUUCUUGAGCUCAUGUAAGACUUUUACAUUUGGCCAAUAACUUGGCAGGUGGGACCGUCUUUGUUAUGACUGACGCCGUCAUCAUCAUCAUCAUCAUCAUCAUCAUCAUCAGAAUGUUGUAUAAGGUGUUUUAACUUUGUUUCGCAGCAAGUAACAGAGGUUUGUAAUUGUAAUUUGUAUGUCAGUAAUUGAUGCUUGAAGAAAGAAAAUAGGGAUAUGCCCUAUUCCUCA